AUGAACAAGGAGAUGAACAAGGAGAUGAACAAGGAGGAGCCGACAGGAGCCGACAGGAGCCGACAGGAGCCGACAGGAGCCGACAGGAGCCGACAGGAGCCGACAGGAGCCGACAGGAGCCGACAGGAGCCGACAGGAGCCGACAGGAGACGACAGGAGCCGACAGGAGACGACAGGAGCCGACAGGAGCCGACAGGAGCCGACAGGAGCCGACAGGAGCCGACAGGAGCCGACAGGAGCCGACAGGAGCCGACAGGAGCCGACAGGAGCCGACAGGAGACGACAGGAGCCGAGAGGAGCCGACAGGAGCCGAGAGGAGCCGACAGGAGCCGACAGGAGCCGAGAGGAGCCGACAGGAGCCGGCAGGAGCCGACAGGAGCCGACAGGAGCCGACAGGAGCCGACAGGAGCCGACAGGAGCCGACAGGAGCCGACAGGAGACGACAGGAGCCGACAGGAGCCGACAGCAGCCGACAGCAGCCGACAGGAGCCGACAGGAGCCGACAGGAGCCGACAGGAGCCAACAGGAGCCGACAGGAGACGACAGCAGCCGUCAGGAGACGACAGCAGCCGUCAGGAGACGACAGGAGCCGACAGGAGCCGACAGGAGACGACAGGAGCCGACAGGAGACGACAGGAGCCGACAGGAGCCGACAGGAGACGACAGCAGCCGUCAGGAGACGACAGGAGCCGACAGGAGCCGACAGGAGACGACAGGAGCCGACAGGAGCCGACAGCAGCCGUCAGGAGACGACAGGAGCCGACAGCAGUCGUCAGGAGCCGACAGGAGCCGACAGGAGACGACAGGAGCCGACAGGAGCCGACAGGAGACGACAAGGAGACGACAGGAGACGACAGGAGCCGACAGGAGCCGACACAGAGACGACAGGAGCCGAGAGGAGCCGACAGGAGACGACAGGAGCCGACAGGAGACGACAGGAGCCGACAGGAGCCGACAGGAGACGACAGGAGCCGAGAGGAGACGACAGGAGACGACAGGAGACGACAGGAGCCGACAGGAGACGACAGGAGCCGAGAGGAGCCGACAGGAGCCGAGAGGAGCCGAGAGGAGACGACAGGAGCCGAGAGGAGCCGACAGGAGCCGAGAGGAGCCGACAGGAGCCGGCAGGAGCCGACAGGAGCCGACAGGAGCCGACAGGAGACGACAGGAGCCGACAGGAGCCGACAGGAGACGACAGGAGCCGAGAGGAGACGACAGGAGACGACAGGAGCCGACAGGAGCCGACAGGAAACGACAGGAGCCGAGAGGAGCCGACAGGAGCCGAGAGGAGCCGAGAGGAGACGACAGGAGCCGAGAGGAGCCGACAGGAGCCGAGAGGAGCCGACAGGAGCCGGCAGGAGCCGACAGGAGCCGACAGGAGCCAACAGGAGCCGACAGGAGCCGACAGGAGCCGACAGCAGCCGACAGCAGCCGACAGGAGCCGACAGGAGCCGACAGGAGCCGACAGGAGCCGACAGGAGACGACAGGAGCCGACAGGAGCCGACAGGAGCCGACAGGAGACGACAGGAGCCGACAGGAGCCGACAGGAGACGACAGCAGCCGUCAGGAGACGACAGGAGCCGACAGGAGCCGACAGGAGACGACAGGAGCCGACAGGAGCCGACAGCAGCCGUCAGGAGACGACAGGAGCCGACAGCAGCCGUCAGGAGCCGACAGGAGCCGACAGGAGACGACAGGAGCCGACAGGAGACGACAGGAGACGACAGGAGACGACAGGAGACGACAGGAGCCGACAGGAGCCGACAGGAGACGACAGGAGCCGAGAGGAGCCGACAGGAGACGACAGGAGCCGACAGGAGACGACAGGAGCCGACAGGAGCCGACAGGAGACGACAGGAGCCGAGAGGAGACGACAGGAGACGACAGGAGACGACAGGAGCCGACAGGAGACGACAGGAGCCGAGAGGAGCCGACAGGAGCCGAGAGGAGCCGAGAGGAGACGACAGGAGCCGAGAGGAGCCGACAGGAGCCGAGAGGAGCCGACAGGAGCCGGCAGGAGCCGACAGGAGCCGACAGGAGCCGACAGGAGACGACAGGAGCCGACAGGAGCCGACAGGAGACGACAGGAGCCGAGAGGAGACGACAGGAGACGACAGGAGCCGACAGGAGCCGACAGGAGACGACAGGAGCCGACAGGAGACGACAGGAGCCGAGAGGAGCCGAGAGGAGACGACAGGAGCCGAGAGGAGCCGACAGGAGCCGAGAGGAGCCGACAGGAGCCGGCAGGAGCCGACAGGAGCCGACAGGAGCCGACAGGAGCCGACAGGAGCCGACAGCAGCCGACAGCAGCCGACAGGAGCCGACAGGAGCCGACAGGAGCCGACAGGAGCCGACAGGAGACGACAGGAGCCGACAGGAGCCGACAGGAGCCGACAGGAGCCGACAGGAGACGACAGCAGCCGUCAGGAGACGACAGCAGCCGUCAGGAGACGACAGGAGCCGACAGGAGCCGACAGGAGACGACAGGAGCCGACAGGAGACGACAGGAGCCGACAGGAGACGACAGGAGCCGACAGGAGCCGACAGGAGACGACAGCAGCCGUCAGGAGACGACAGGAGCCGACAGGAGCCGACAGGAGACGACAGGAGCCGACAGCAGCCGACAGGAGACGACAGGAGCCGACAGGAGCCGACAGGAGACGACAGGAGCCGAGAGGAGCCGACAGGAGCCGACAGGAGACGACAGGAGCCGACAGGAGCCGACAGCAGCCGUCAGGAGCCGACAGGAGACGACAGGAAACGACAGGAGCCGAGAGGAGCCGACAGGAGACGACAGGAGCCGACAGGAGACGACAGGAGCCGAGAGGAGCCGACAGGAGACGACAGGAGCCGAGAGGAGCCGACAGGAGCCGACAGGAGCCGACAGGAGCCGACAGGAGCCGACAGGAGCCGACAGGAGACGACAGGAGCCGAGAGGAGCCGACAGGAGACGACAGGAGCCGACAGGAGACGACAGGAGCCGAGAGGAGCCGACAGGAGACGACAGGAGCCGAGAGGAGCCGACAGGAGACGACAGGAGCCGAGAGGAGCCGACAGGAGCCGACAGGAGCCGACAGGAGCCGACAGGAGCCGACAGGAGCCGAGAGGAGCCGACAGGAGACGACAGGAGACGACAGGAGCCGACAGGAGCCGACAGGAGCCGACAGGAGCCGACAGGAGCCGACAGGAGCCGACAGGAGCCGACAGGAGACGACAGGAGCCGACAGCAGCCGACAGGAGCCGACAGGAGACGACAGGAGCCGACAGCAGCCGACAGGAGCCGACAGGAGCCGUCAGGAGCCAACAGGAGACGACAGGAGCCGACAGCAGCCGACAGGAGCCGACAGGAGACGACAGGAGCCGACAGCAGCCGACAGGAGCCGACAGGAGCCGUCAGGAGCCAACAGGAGCCGACAGGAGACGACAGGAGCCGAGAGGAGCCGACAGGAGACGACAGGAGCCGAGAGGAGACGACAGGAGACGACAGGAGCCGACAGGAGCCGACAGGAGACGACAGGAGACAACACGAGACGACAGGAGACGACAGGAGACGACAGGAGACGACAGGAGCCGACAGGAGCCGACAGGAGCCGACAGGAGACGACAGCAGCCGACAGGAGCCGACAGGAGCCGACAGGAGCCGACAGGAGCCGACAGGAGCCGACAGGAGACGACAGCAGCCGUCAGGAGACGACAGGAGCCGACAGGAGACGACAGGAGACGACAGGAGCCGACAGGAGCCGACAGGAGCCGACAGGAGCCGACAGGAGCCGACAGGAGCCGACAGGAGCCGACAGGAGACGACAGGAGCCGACAGCAGCCGACAGGAGCCGACAGGAGACGACAGGAGCCGACAGGAGCCGACAGGAGCCGACAGGAGCCGACAGGAGACGACAGGAGACGACAGGAGCCGACAGGAGACGACAGGAGACGACAGGAGACGACAGGAGACGACAGGAGACGACAGGAGACGACAGGAGCCGACAGCAGCCGACAGGAGACGACAGGAGCCGACAGGAGCCGAGAGGAGCCGACAGGAGACGACAGGAGCCGACAGGAGACGACAGGAGCCGACAGGAGCCGAGAGGAGCCGACAGCAGCCGUCAGGAGCCGACAGGAGCCGACAGGAGACGACAGGAGCCGACAGGAGACGACAGGAGCCGAGAGGAGCCGACAGGAGACGACAGGAGCCGAGAGGAGACGACAGGAGACGACAGGAGCCGACAGGAGCCGACAGGAGACGACAGGAGACAACACGAGACGACAGGAGACGACAUGAGACGACAGGAGACGACAGGAGCCGACAGCAGCCGACAGGAGCCGACAGGAGACGACAGGAGCCGACAGGAGACACCAGGAGACGACAGGAGACGACAGGAGACGACAGGAGACGACAGGAGACGAUAGGAGCCGACAGGAGACGACAGGAGACGACAGGAGACGACAGGAGCCGACAGGAGACGACAGGAGACGACAGGAGACGACAGGAGACGCAGAGAUUCAGCUGA